AUGGCGGGAGUGACGGGACAGAGCUUUCUCAAGGGCUGUGUGCCAUCCAGCGAAUGUAAAGUCGGCCCCGUCUCUGUGAAUUUCGGGAAUGGAAUGGAAAUAAGGACAAGCUUCACCUGCUGCGUGGGAGACGCCUGCAGAACAACCACAGUUACAGUGCCCCUGGCUAACACCACCCUGAAUGGCCGGAGCUGCCGUGGCUGCUACGCGUUGAACACUGGUCAAUGCAAUGAACAAACCAUAGCGUGUACUGGACCUGAGACGCAGUGUAUUGAUAUUGCUGGGACCAUAACAUCUGGUGGAAGUCAAAUGCAGACGGUCAUGAAGGGCUGCGCUUCCGAGUCCAUCUGCACCAAUAUAAAAGUGGGUUCAGGGACCUUCGCAGGCAGCAGUGCAGAUCUAACCACGGCCAAAUGCACAGUGGCCUCUGGCGCGGUGGGCGUGGCUCCGGGACUGGUCGAGAUCCUCCUCCCGGCCCUCGCUGGGCUCCUGCUGCUGAAACUUCUCUCCUGA